AUGAAGCCUGCUAUCCUCCUGGUCUUCAUUCUCUGCCAAGUUCUACCAGUCAGAGGCAAGUUCAAGGAAAUCUGUGAGCGACCCAAUGGCUCCUGCCAAAGAUACUGCAUUGAAACGGAGGUGUAUGUUGGACAGUGUUUAGACAACAGAUUCUGCUGCCUGCCACUUGGCAAGCAUCCCAGGAUCGAGAACACCACCCCCAGGAGCUCUUCAAAAACUCCCUGGAAUCUUGGAGCCCAGAACAUUCCAUGA